AUGUCAAUUCAACAGUGGGUGACUCCCCUCGAGGGCCUGGAUAGUCUCCGCCAGACGGAGGCACCAAUGGCCUCACCGGGAGCUGGCGAGGUCCUGGUGAAGAUUCAUGCGGUCUCGCUGAAUUAUCGGGACGUGGAAGUAACCAAGGGAGAAUACAAACACCACAAAUCCGCCGAGCAGAAUGCCACCAUCGUGCCUUGCUCAGACAUGUGCGGCGUCGUCGUCCAAGUUGGUUCCAGCGUAACCCGCUGGACCGUGGGAGAUCGUGUCUUGUCGACGUUCCUCCCUGAACAUCAGACCGGCCAAGUCACCGAGAAGGAGUUGGCCCGUAGUAUCGGUCUCCCCUUGAACGGAGUCUUGGCUACUCACCGGGUCUUCCCCGAGUACGGCAUCGUCCAGGCGCCGAGUUAUCUGUCGGAUGAAGAGGCUUGUACCCUUCCUAUUGCGGCUGUUACAGCUUGGAUGUCUAUUAAUGGGAUGAGACCGAUGGGCCAGCCUGGGGGUCAGGAUGAGUACGUUUUGCUCCAGGGAACGGGUGGUGUGGCGAUUGCUGGGUUACAGAUUGCUAAGGCUGCUGGGGCUAAGGCUAUUAUUAUUUCUUCCUCUGAUGACAAGUUGGAACAAGCCAAGCAGCUGGGCGCUGACUUUACCAUCAACUACCGCACCACGCCCAACUGGGAAGAAAAAGUGAUGGAAUGGACCCAGAACCACGGCGCGGAUAUCAUCCUCGAAACCGGUGGUGCUCAGACUCUGCGAAAGAGCUUUGAUUGUAUCGCAUUCGGUGGUCUCAUCGAUUGUAUCGGCUACGUAUCCGGCAAGGUUGAUGCCCAGGAUGACCGGUUGAACGUCAACCUGCUCGCCCUGCGCCGGACGGUGACUCUGAAGGGAAUCAUCAAUGGACCGAAGGAUCGAUUUGAAGAAAUGAUUCGGUUCUACGAGGCGAAGCAGAUUCACCCCGUGGUUAACCGGGUAUUCUCCUUUACGGAGGCGAAAGAGGCAUUCCAGUUUUUGGAGAGUGGGAGCCACUUUGGGAAAGUAGUGAUCAAGGUGCAGGCAUAG